AUGCGAUAUGAAGAUCUUUUUGGUGAUGACAAUGACCCUGAUAUCAUUGUGUCGUCGCAACCGAAAAAUGCACAACCGAUUAACAUGUACGCCCCACCGGAUCACAUGCGAAAUAUCUGUUUAGAAGAGGCACAGUCUGAAUCAAUAUUUGGUUCGCACAAAACAAACUAUAAUGAUGUUGAUUUAUAUGAGGGAAUGGAGUUUGAAGAUAAGGAGGAGUGCAUUGCUGUUAUACAACAUUGGCAUAUCACCAAUAAUCUUGAUUAUUGGGUGUACAAAUCUGAUAAGAACAUAUAUGUCAUCAAAUGCAAGAAUCCAACUUGCCCAUUCAAAUGUAGAGCAUCAGAUCGCAAGAAGAACUCCAAAUGGACGAUAGGUAAGUUGAGUGGACCACAUGUCUGCACAACCACUUCAAUGUCUCAAGACCACAGACAACUUACCUCAGAUAUUGUCUCUCACUGCAUCAGAGAUCUGGUUAACACCGACCCAUCAAUUAAGGUAAAGCUCAUAAUCUCUCAUAUAACUGGAAAGUAUGGUUAUAAUAUAUCUUACAGGAAAGCAUGGAUUGCAAAGGUAAAGGCCAUAGAAUCCCUGUAUGGAAACUGGGAGACAUCUUACAAUGACCUUCCACAAUGGUUAUUGGUAAUGAAAACAUAUCUGCCUGGAAUGAUAAUAGACUUGGAAACGUUACCUGCAUUUUCAAACGAAGGAAGCCAGUUGGGUGAUAAGAUGAUAUUCCAUCGUCUAUUUUGGGCUUUUCAACCAUGCAUCCAUGGUUUUGCUUAUUGCAAGCCAAUUGUUCAAGUCGACGGAACAUGGUUGUAUGGAAGGUACAGAGGGACAUUGUUGAUGGUUGUGGCGCAGGAUGGGAAUGGUAACAUUUUUCCAAUUGCUUUCGCUAUUAUCGAGGGUGAAACCAAGGAUGCUUGGAGUUUUUUCCUUCGCAAUCUAAGAAGCCACGUGACACCCCAACCCAAUCUAUGCCUAAUAUCAGACAGACAUCCAUCGAUUAAAAGUGCCUAUGAUGAUCCUGCAAAUGGAUGGCAAAAUCCUCCGUCUUCACAUGUCUAUUGCAUUAGGCAUAUCGCGCAAAAUUUUAUGCAUGCGAUUAGAGACAAGGAACUACGAUAUGCAUUGACGGAGUCAACGUACAACUACUAUAGAACCGAAAUUCGUCAGACAAAUAGAGAUGCUUUGGAGUGGAUUGAAAAUAUCCCCAGGGAGAAGUGGGCAAGGGCGUUUGAUAGAGGGCAAUGA